AUGAGGACUUCGGGAGCCGGCGACGAGAAGGGCGGUGCGGCAGCGCUGGCGGCCGAUUCAGGGCCCAAGCUGACCAGAUAUGCCGCGGGAGGCACUCGAAGUGGCGAAGAAGCGAAGAAGCAGCGUGCUCAUUCGAAUAUCAACAGCUCAAGCUUGGCCGAAGUCCUCCUGUCGGCGAGCGUGGAGCGUCACGCUGCCCAACGCGUCCCCCUCUUGUCGCUCACAACUUCGAUACCUGCCGGACGCGUGGACCUUGGCAUCUCAACAUAUACCUUGGCAGCGUCGAACUUCCAGGUGUCCGUCGAUCGCACAGCAGUCACCCGCCCGGUGGAGGCUCAGCGAUGCAAAGGGGCCGAACGCUGGGCGGCCCAGUCUUGGGAAGGGUGCCCGUUCUGGAUCUCUGACCGAACUCAUCCCGAUAGUCUCGCCUUGUUCUGUCACAUUGAUCACCAGUCCAACGUCGAGACCAUCCUUCACAUCCGUUGUAUCACGCAUUGA